AGACAGGAAAGGGGAUCCCGUCCUGCCUUAAAUGAUCGACUCUGCAAGGGGCUGCCUGGGCUUCCCAUGCAUUUUAUUUUGCACGGCUUGCGGGGCGCGGCUGUCUCCGUGGGGGAGCCUUGCUGCAGCCCCUGGUAAGUUUCACAAUAUGCAACUGAAGGGUGUGCAUUUUGGGGUGCGGGUGGGUGUGUAUCUGAGAUCGGGUUUGCAAAAAGAAGGGGGAGGAUGCCAGCAAUGUGGCCUGUUUAUUUCUGUGUCCAGAGGUAAGAUCCGAGGCCCUGAAAUUGGAUACAAGAAGCUUUAUGUCCUUGUUGCCAUUUUUAAUCUCCACGGGUCUGUGGAGCGAAGGAACUCACAAGCAAACUGAUCCGCGGGUGCAUUGAUAUUUAUUUUAAUUUUUACCUGCUCAGGGCUACGUUCCUAAGGAAUAGGGGUGCAGAGACAGGACUGCAGUCCAGCCCUUUUCUUUUUAAUAAAUGCCAAUCCACUCGAGAUAUUUCUUUCUUUUUUUAAAGCCAAUUCACUUCAGAUUUAUUGCAUUUUUAUAUUUUUUAUUGCCAGAGGCAGAUGUUCAAUAGGGUGAAAAAGAAAUCAAGAAACCAGGCUGUAUGGAACGGUCUGGGGUCUGCUGCAUUUGGGAACAAAGGCCAUCAGAAAAGACAAAGGCAUGAAAAAGGCUGUCAGAGAGAUUCCGUGAGAAAACAUUUCUCAUAUAUUGCCUCUAAUGUCUUCUGCACCUGGGGGAGAGAUCCGAUCUGAGAGAGUUUUUGGAUCCAGACCUUUAUAAAUAAAUAUAAAUAGUUAUGUCAUCCAGGCACAUUUCUUUCUUACAGGGAUGGGGGGGUGACCCCUGGCCCCUCCAGAGGUUGUGGGGCUCCCAACUCCCAUCAGCCCCCAGGCUGCGCAGCCUAGUGGUCAGGGGGAGAUGGGAGUUGUAGUUCAACAGCAUCUGGCGGGUGCUAGAUUGUCAGUUUUUCUGGACUGGAGUCGUUGUCAGGCGCCCAAAGUGUUGUUUCUGUUGUUGUUAUGGUUAUGAUUACAUGCCUAAUUACCUCAUUUCCUCUCCUCGGUUUUUGAUCACAGUAUAUUAAAGCCCUGCGUAUGUCGUGGAUUAAAAGGGCCUGGCUAAACUCUACCCGGUGUUGGACUUCAACUCCCAUCAGCCCCUGCAGCCAGUUUGGCCAACAGCAGGGGCUGAUGGGAGUUGGAGUCCAGCACCGCCUGGAGGGCCACACAGACUCCCUCAUCCAUGGUCCAGGAGCAACACUUCCGCUUUGGGUUUAAGAGGGCCCAGGGCUUCCAGUUUCAUGAAUGGGAAGGAGACUGCUGAGUCUUAAUCAGCAAAACCAGUUGCAUAUUAUUAUUAUUAUUAUUAUUAUUAUUAUUAUUAUUAUUAAUGCAAUUUGUAUACUGCCCUCCAUCCGCAGACAUCAGGGCAGUUCACAGCAUAGAGGCCUGUAGUAGGAAUGCCAGCCCUGUAGCCUGACUCCCGAGUCCUGCCUGGUUCAUGUCUUUUUGCUCCUACAUGGAGUUUAGGGUCAGAGCAACUGCUUCCAUCAUCAUCAUCAUCAUCAUCAUUUGUUUAUUUUGCUUUCAGAUCAAAGUUUUACAGUCACAUAUCCAAUAUACAACAUAAAAACAAGAUUCCAAAGAAUCUCCCAGACUUUCCUCCUCCUCUUUGUGGGUCCUAUUGUUAGCCAUUUCCUCCUGCAUCUUUCACGAUAAUCCAAAUCUUUUACAUCUCCGUUAUGUCCAAAAUUCACCAUUAAACUACAAGUGUUAUUCCAGUCCUACUAACCGUUCCAACAGUUUACAAUGGUUUUUAAGAGAAAUUAUAAAUUUUUCCCCAUCCCUUAUUAUUCUUCCUGAUUUCUGAUUCUUCCGGUCAUUUUUGCCAAUUUGGCAUAAUCCACCAACUUAAUCUGCCAAUCCCUGGCAUCUCCCAUUAAAUCAGGGACAGAGUACCUGUGACGCUCCAGAAGUUGCUGGACUCCAAGUCCCAUCAGUGACUGUAGCCAAUGGUGAGGGAUGAUGGGAGUUGUAGUCUAAUAUAGUGGCAGAUUCCAAAGUGCAGGGUCCCUUCAUGAGUGCCGUAGCCACUCCCCCUUACAGACACUCUCUUCCUAAGAUGAAACGACCUUCAUAUGCAGUAAUCGUUGUAUUAUGUGAACUGCCCUGAUAUACAAAUUUUAUUAAUAAUAAAAAUAAUAAUGCCAUAAUAAUUAGGGAUGCACUGUGACAGUUGAUGUGGCUCUCUGUGUUUUGCCUUUCAGCUAGAUCUGCUAUUUUACCUGUGCACAUACCUGGGCAGAUUAUUGGGAGCGCUCCCAUAUAGAAUCAUAAAAAUGUAGCGUUGAAUGGACUUCCCCAUGGUCAUCUAGACCAACCCCCUGCAGAGCAGGGAUCUCAAGCAUCUGUGGCAGAUGGCCCUCCAACCUCUGCUUUAUAAAAAACCUCUGAGGAAGAAGAGUCUGCCACCUUCUUUCAGAGCGACUUAAAUUGUGUGUUCUGUGAAGCUCCAUUGUACAUAAAAGAACUUGUAGCUUCUCUCGAACCCAAAGCUCCUUGUGUUUUCAGUCUUUGGAGCAGGCAGGGGCUAAAAGUUGCAUUCUGGGGUCUCCCUUUGACAUUUUGUUAUAUAGGAGCAGCCACCGUAAGGUCACUAACGGGCUGCCCUGGUCAGUUGACGUGUUCUAUGGAUUUCUAGAUAUUGCCAUUUCUGAUGUCAGUUGUUGUGCCCUUGUCCUCUUCUUUUGUGUUGGGACUGGCCUUCUUGUUUUAAAAGGUAAAGGGACCCCUGACUGUUAGGUCCAGUCGUGGACGACUCUGGGGUUGCGGCGCUCAUCUCGCUUUACUGGCCAAGGGAGCCGGCGUACAGCUUCCGGGUCAUGUGGCCAGCAUGACUAAGCUGCUUCUGGCGAACCAGAGCAGCGCACGGAAACGCCGUUUACCUUCCCGCCAGAGCGGUACCUAUUUAUCUACUUGCACUUUGAGGUGCUUUCGAACUGCUAGGUUGGCAGGAGCAGGGACCGAGCAACAAGAGCUCACCCCGUCGCAGGGAUUCGAACCGCCGACCUUCUGAUCGGCAAGCCCUAGGCUCUGUGGUUUAACCCACAGCGCCACCCUCUUCUUUCUUUCUUUGUCUUCUUCUUUCGUGUAGGGACUGGCCUUCCUGUUUUACGUAGAGGCAAAUGACAACAUACGCCGGCUUCGCUGGAAUGUCUGUGAAGCAAGAUUCUCAGCCUGUUUAUCUUUUCCCAAAGACACUAUAAGAUGGCGCUGGACUCCAAAACAGGUAAGACUCUGGCUGUGACAAGGAUGAGGGAAUCUUUAUCACCUUGAGGGCCACAUUCCCUUUCAGGGGCCACAUCCCAGUGGUGGGUGAUGCAUAUAAUACCAUUAAAACUGCCCCCCUGUAUCUGAGCCGAAGAGGGAAUAUCUGAAUGGCACCGGCGAACUAAUAAUUCACCGUUGACUGAAACAAGGAUGCGAAGCCUGCAUGGUCCUCCAGAUAUUUUGGUUGGACUACAACUCCCAUCAUUCCUCUCUGCUGGCUAUGUUGGCUGGAGCCAAUGGGAGUUGUAGUCUAGCAAUUUGUGGAGGGCCACAGGUUCCUUCUCACUCCUACUAGAAUGGGAAACAAUUCAAGCUUUGGAAUGCAACUUAGUAAUAGUCGUCUUUCUUCUUUGGUGACCACUCUUAGCCAAGCUAGACUGUCUUCCAUGAACACGGUUUGAACAGUGAGUCUGUAAGUGACACUGGAGGCCAAUUCUGGAUCCACACGUCCUUCCACAGUGGGGACAUAGGUUUCCGGGCAGGAGUUGAUCAUGGUCAGGGUUUGCCAAGCGUGCCUUCCUCUUAGCACGUUUCUGCCUUUUGUCCCGAGUUAGAGCAUCUUCAAAGCCCAUGACACCUUUGGUAAAGGCUGGUCUCCAAUUGGAGCGCUCGCAGGCCAGUGCUUCCCAGUUGUCCGUGUUUAUACUACAUUUUUUUAGAUUUGCCUUGAGAGAGUCUUUAAACUGCUUUUGUUGACCGUCAGCAUUGAGCUUCCAUUUUUAAGUUUAGAAUAGAGUAGUUGCUUUGGAAGACGAUAAUCUGAACAUGACCAGUCCAACAAAGUUGUUGUUUUUGUAUAUAAAACACACAGUUGUUGUUUUUUGUAUAUAAAGCAAACAAAAAAAUUCCCAGGACUUAAUGCAAUAUAUUUUUUGUCUACAAAAAAUUGUUGUGCCCAAAGAAUUAAAUAUAAACUUCUGUAAGGCAAUUCCUUUGAUUGGAUCAAUUUUUCUUGCUGGUAAAAAGAUGCAAGCUUUUGGAUUUCACAGAUUAGUUUCAUUUGGCUGAAGAGAUUGGCAAUUUAAAUUCUCAGCUAUAUGAACAAUAACGGGUGCUAUUACUAUUACUACUACUACUACUACUACUUCCAGCCUUUUAGAAGACAUCUGAAGGCAGCCCUGUUUAGGGAAGCUUUUAAUGUUUGACAGACUAUUGUAUUUUAAUAUUUUGUUGGAAGCUGCCCGGAGUGGUUGUGGAAACCCAGCCAGAUUGGCGGGGUAUAAAUAAUAAAUUAUUGCUAUUGUUAUCAUCAUCAUCAUCAUCAUCAUCAUCAUCACUACUAGUAAAGGUAAAGGGACCCCUGACCGUUAGGUCCAGUCGUGACCGACUCUGGGGUUGCGGCACUCAUCUUGCUUUAUGGGCCGAGGGAGCCGGCGUACAGCUUCCGGGUCAUGUGGCCAGCAUGACUAAGCCACUUCUGGCGAACCAGAGCAGUGCACGGAAACACCGUUUACCUUCCCACCAGAGUGGUACCUAUUUAUCUACUUGCACUUUGAUGUGCUUUCGAACUGCUAGGUUGGCAGGAGCAGGGACCGAGCAACGGGAGCUCAGCCCGUCGCGGGGAUUCGAACCGCCAACCUUCUGAUGGGCAAGUCCUAGGCUCUGUGGUUUAGACCACAGCACCACCCGCCUCCCUAUCACUACUAGUACUACUAUUAAUAAAAUUUGUAUACUGCCCUAUACCUGUAGAUCUCAGUUAACCUAUGGAACUCUCUGUCACAGGAGGCAGGAAUGGCCACCAACCUGGGUGGCUUUGAGAGGAUUAGACAAAUUGCGCUUGUGCUCAUGUCCUGCUUGAGGACUUGGCCAGUGUGAGAACAGGAGGCUGGACUGACCUGAUCCAGCCAGCAGGCUGUUACCUUUUUAAGAAGAAGAGAUUCAUUUUUUAAAAAAAUCUUGUUGUCGUAGGUUGUGCUUCCAUGACUGAGAGUGAGGAGAUUUCCUUACACCUCGAGCUCUCCGAACCCGGAGCCUCACCUGACAGAACCAAAGAGAGCAUUUCCACGUCUCAUGUGCCGGAAGAUGCAUCUGUAGAUCUCACAGGUAACCCAAUGGAUCAGAGGAGGAGUGUAUCCCAAGAAGGACUCUCGGCAGAUGUCAGUGAAUCGGAAAACGUGCAGGCGCUUGGGAAGGCUGGCAGACGCAAGCUGCGCAUCGGGGAAAGUGCAGAGCCUGUCUCCCAUCGCCUUAGACGUCAAAGAAUCUACAAACCGGAGAAAACCCGCAAAUGCACGCACUGCGGGAAGCACUUUGGCUGGAGGGCGAACCUUUUGGGAGAGAAAACCCAGGCAAGGGCGACAUGCUCAAGCUGCAGAGAGCUGAUGGGUCAGAGCACGCAGCUCCCAGUAACCAGGAAAAUGCGCAAGAGGGAGAAAGCGCAUCAGUGCACCGCCUGCAAGCAGGUCUUUGUGGGGAGCUCAGAACUGGCCGUGCAUAAGAAAGUCCACCAAGCAGAAAAACCGUACAAGUGCCUGGAUUGCGAAAAGCGCUUUUGCUCCAAGGCGAACAUGCUCCGGCACCACCAGAUCCAUACCGGACAGAAACCGUAUCAGUGCUUAGUUUGCGGGAACACCUUCCGGCAGCAGGAGCAGCUCAUUGCGCACGAGAGAACGCACACGGGCGAGACACCCUUCCACUGCGUGGUGUGCGGGAAAGACUUCAACAGGAAGUCAGUCUUCCUGACACAUCAGAGAAUCCACACGGGCGAGAGGCCGUACAAAUGCUCCUUCUGCAACAAGCGGUUCAUCCGCAGGGCCUACCACGCCAUCCAUGAGAGAAUCCACGCCCGGGAGAAGCGCUACAAGUGCUCCGAGUGUGGGCAGAGCUUUAACUGGAAUUCGGAGUUCAUCGAGCACUUGAGGACCCACACCGGAGGGAAGCCCUACAAGUGCCUGGGCUGCGAGAAGCGUUUCGGCUGGCACUCAGACCUUAUCAGACACCAGAGAAUCCACACGGGCGAACGGCCCUACAAGUGCGCCCACUGCCGGAGGGGCUUCGUCCAGAGGGCGCAGCUCCUCUUGCACGAGAGGACCCACACCGGCGAGAGGCCCUACAAGUGCUCCUACUGUGGGAAAAGCUUCAGCCGCAGCUCGGUCCUCAUCAGGCACCUCCUGCUGCACACCGGGGAGAAGCCGUACAACUGCCUGGACUGCGGGAAGAGCUUCUGCGAGAGGGCCCAGCUGGUGUCCCACGAGGUGACGCACGCCGAGGAGAAGCCCUACAAGUGCGCCGACUGCGGGAAAAGCUUCAGCUGGAAGUCGGCCUUCACACGGCACCGGAGGAUCCACACGGGAGAGAAACCCCACAAGUGCCCCGAUUGUGGGAAGAGCUUCAUUCGAACCACCCACCUUGCCACCCACCUAAGAACCCACGGGCGGGAGGCUGACAGCGAUGCUUUAAUCGGGGAGGGCAUUUUAAAUGAAGGUGGCGGCUUAAUGUAGAAUGAAGAAUCCCUGCGAGGAGCGGUGGCUGAGACACGAGGCCAGAUAGGGGGAUGCCCCGCCAACCUCGCCAGCCAGACUUCCAGUCCAGGGGGUGGCAGCACUGUCUGUCAGCUUCCUCUUUAAUCUCCAUGUUUCCCUGGAAGAAUUCAGCAGGGAAGAUGGCAGGACAGAACUAGAAUUAGUCGGCUCUGCCUGACAUUGGCUCUCUGGCGCCACCUACUGUCAGGCUUCCACCAGGCUCAACAGUCAACAUCCAUGACUGCAUACAGACAGGUAGCCAUCUCAACGUUUGACGCUUUGGGCUGGCAUAGCAGAAUGCGACUCAAAAGCCCUCUGAACGAAUCGUACCUCAGCCACGAGUUUGCUAGUUGGCCUUGGCCAAGCACCCAGUUUUAAGAGCCUCGGCGUCCCCAUCUAAACACUCGUGUGAAGAAUUCUGGGAACUGUAGUUUAUUAAGGGUGAUGAGAGACAUUGGGAGACACACACACACACAUCCCGGCCGCCUAUUCCCCUCACAGCGCUUACAAUUCCAAGACCGAUUUUCCAUCCUUCGUCCCAGGGAGUUGUAGCUUUCUGAGGGAAAAUAGAGGGGAUCUCCCAACACUCUUACAGUUCCUGGGGUUCUUCAGGAGAAGCCAUGGCUGUUUAAAGUGGUACAAGGCUGCUUUAAGUGUAUCGUGCAGGUGGAGCCGCACUGAGAGAAUGCAUUUUGUAUGGCGAGGGAGAAUGAACCAGGGUUGGGGGGCAGAGAAGUAUGGGUUGGCUGAGCUGGGGUGGCAGGGCAAAAAUUCACUGCAGCCCAUCAAAGGAAACUCCACACGAAUCUUCAGGCCCAGAAGAGGAGCCGCUGUUGCAGCAGAUGGAGAUUCCCAUCUAGUUCCCAAGAUUUGGUCUUAUGAGGCAAAGGCACUUGUCCUCAACAUAAGAAUGUGAUGUAUACGUCUCACUGUUGUUAUUAUUUUGUUGGUUAUGUUUUUCUGUUUCCUUGUGUCCAAUGCAGUCUUUACUUCUCUUGAGCUCAUCUCUUACAUUGCUUGAUAAAGCUAGUCGGUUUAUUUCAAGUUCUUUCCUUUCUCACUCUGCUCCGUUAACGGGGCUGGGAUACAAAGAACAUGCAGGUUUUAUGCUGAGUGUAAAUGUCACGGACGUGUGCUCGGAGUGUAUCUGACACCCAGCCAAAUUUCUUCUUAGGAUCAGGACCAAGGAAAAUCUGCUGGUAUAUUUUUUAGUUGAACUCAGAUUUGCACAGCACUGAUUGGCCAGUACUUGUGUCAGUCCUGAAUUUUCAGAGUUGGGCUGUUGCACAGCACUGACUGUCACUCAUGAAACCACGAACCCUCACUGACUGUAACAGACUAAAAAGCUGCUCAUUUAAUCUGGGAGUAUUAUUAUUAUUAUUAUUAUUAUUAUUAUUAUUAUUAUUAAAUCAAAACAUUUCCAGUCAACUGAUCUAACCAUUGAAUGAACUUAAUGUUGCAGCCCUAACUGAAACACACACAAACAUUAAAUAAAACAGAUUAUGUAUUACAGCGUUCUUAAACCAAGGCGUGCUUUCCCAUAGCAGCGGGGGACUCAAUUUACAAAUGGAACACACUCAACAGGAAGCGAAACAUGUUCUUAUUCCAAGGCAAAGUUCACAAACCAAAACACCUCUACUUCCGGGUUUGCAGCAUUCUUCAUCCAAGUUGUUCAUAAACUAAACUCUUCUUAAACCAAGGUACCACUGUAUAAAAGUCUUUUUUUAUAUAUUUUUUUGUUAAAAUAAUUCGACAUUAAUACACAUACAAACAUACAAACAUACAUUUCAUACAACAUACCUACA